UGUCCCUGCAGGCUGAGCCACCCACUCUGUGGCUGUGUCCUGUUCCAGGCUGCUGAGCGCCACCCCUGCGAGCCAGAGGAGAGCGGGAGCCCGCAGCUGCCGGUGCCAUGGACACCCAGAUUGGCAAUGGAGCAGGCCUCGGGGAUGCACAUGUGACAAAUCUGUUGCUGCUUGGCUUCCUGCAAAGCCGCAACAACUACAACUUCCACCAAGAGCUGAAGUCACUGCGCCAGGAGCUGCCUGUCGGGCUGGGGGCGGACCGGGACGAUGAUGAGCUGCAGACGGACGGCAACCGGGCCAGCCGCCCGUACGGGGCGAGGAGACAGGCAGAUUCUGAAAGUCUAGAAGAAAUAACUCUGCACAUUGCCCGGCAACUGGCGACAAUCGGGGAUGAGAUGAACCACAGAAUCCAGCCUCGGGUGGUGAGCUGGCUGAGCGCGCAGCUCCGGGACCCAAGUCUGUCAGAGGAGGGCAGGAGGCGCUGCCUGGCCUCCACUGUGAGGGAGCUGAUGCAGACCUGCCCUGCGGACCUGGAGCAGGAGAAGGCCACGCUGAUCCUGACCAUGCUGCUGGCCAGAAGGGUGGCUGAUCAGACGCCAGCCCUGCUCCGCGUCGUCUUUCACACAGCAACAGACUUUAUUAAUCAGAACCUGCUGCCCUAUGUGAGGGACUUGGUCAGAAACGAGAGGGACUGAAUGGAUGGCAUGCAGCAGCACAGCUGGCUAAAGCUUGACCUGGUGACACUCACAGAGCUACCUGCAGGAAGCCACUGUGGCUGGGAGAACAGAAGCUUUAGCGCAGACACGUGCCGGACAAGCGCCUUCUCUCCAUCUUCAGGAUAUCUAAGCUAGUCACUUACUGAGAAGCAUCUACACUGACAUACUUGAAUGAAGUCAUGCAAACGUGGUGAUAGUUCAUCGGUUUCAUGUCUUCUGCCGUUCCUGUGCCUUCAUCUUACUUCACCUGUACAAGUUCCCACUUGAAAAUUAAACUGAAAAGCAGACCGUAAACAGAAAAAAAGAAACACGCUUAAAAUUUUGUUAAA